AUGGUCUAUGAGUUGGAUCGUUACAAUGUGCCGUUAAUGAUAUUCUCGGCAGGCGUCGGUAAUAUCAUCGAUAGUUUCAUGCAACAAAAAUUCGGUGAAAUUCCCAAAAAUGUUCAUAUCGUAUCGAAUAUGAUGUUGUUCGAUGAGAAGGUGAGAAACUUGUUUCGCGAUUAA